UGUCACCUUUCAAUCGCGUCGUAUUUGUUUCGGCUUUCGCUCUUCGUACCUAUUGUUAUAAUCUGAAUUUUUAUUAUUCUUACAAGAAAAGUGUUUCCAAUACAGAGCUGACUCUAUCAAUCGCUAAUAUACCUGAAAUGUUAUACCAGUGGUUCUCGAACAAUUUUAGGUUAUAACUAUCGUAAAAUAUUUCGCGUACCCGUAUGUGAAAAUAAAAGUAACUUUUAAAGUUUUUAUCGUGAAAGUACAAAACAGUGUUUGUGGUUGCUUGGUUCUCUGGUCUACUCGAAGAGGAAUAAAAGAUGGGUCUCAUAAUAUCACGAUUCCGACGCAAGAAAACGACAAAGGAGAUACUCGAAGAACUAGAAACUAAAAUAAAGAGCAUAGAGAAAGAUGGAGAGUACAAAGAGCAGACGCACAAGCGUGUGAUCGGCAUGAUAAUGGUGAACUCUGUGGGGCUGUACGUGCUGUUCGCACUGCUAUACUACUUCAUGUACGUGGGCAAGAGCCAGUACUGGGUGCACUCGGUGAUGUACGCGUCGCCGCUGCUCGUGCUGCCCGUGCUGGUUAUAUUUCUACGGUCGGCUAUAUCGUCGUACUACACGUGGACUUUGAACAAGAACAGAGUAAAGCUGACGAAAAUGAGAGACGAGAAGAAGAAAAUAUUAGAGGAGGUUAUGAAUACGGAGACUUAUAAGGUCGCAAAGGAAAUACUAGACAAGUAUGGCACACCGGAGGAGCAAUCGAAAGCGUUGAAACCGUUCACUCCAACUGUAACUCAGAGCACACCACAGGCUACCCCCAUUCAAAUAAGACAGAGACAGUUCUCCUUACAGACAUCUACCCCCAAUAAAAAUAUGAAUCUUGUACCCGCCACGCCAGGGGUUGUUUUUAAUGGACCAAGAUUGAGGGCGGAUCAGUUACCACGCCCGCUACCGGACAGCAAUAGAUCCGCGUUGGAUAAAGUUGUGGAUUAUUUACUGAAGGACGGACCAAAUUAUCGAAUGGCGCUCAUAUGCACUGAAUGCUUUUCGCAUAAUGGCAUGGCGAUGAUAGAAGAAUUCGACUAUGUCUCGUACAAAUGUGCAUACUGCGGCAAACUGAACCCGGCGCGCAAGCAGCGGCCCGCCGCGCCCGCGCUCACCGCACACCGCGCGCUCGCAUACCACGCAGCCGCUGCCAAUGACGACUCGUCGCUCGCGAGUUCAGCCAGUGAGAGUGAAGAGGAGAAGGAGGUAGCGAAUCUCGAUGGGGACGCUGGUUCAGAGGGCGAAAAAGAAUCACCCCCCUCUCCCAUGGAGGUAGAAUCGAAAUCUGAAACUGACAAGAAACAAGACUGAUCGAUUGUAACUCACUCGAUUGAUGAAUCGAUUUUAUAUCGAUUGCGCGAAUCGAUGUUCUCGAGAUGCAGAUAAUAUAUGCUAAAAGUUUAAUGGUGGAUCCACACGAUCUAAUUGCUUGACUUGAGAGAUAUGUUUGAUGGAAACAAAUAAUUAUUGAUGCUUGAAGACUUGAAAGAUGAUUUUUUACCGAUCAUUUUUAUAUGUGAAAAAAUUUAUACAGAUUUUUACAAAAAAAAAUCUAAAUAAUAAUGCAUGGUUGCAUAUUGUGUUUAAAAAUAAAUUUUAAUUUGAUUGGAAAAUAUUGUAUUACAUGUAAAUCUAUUAUAAUUAAACAAUAUUGGCUAUGUGUAUUGAGAACUAAAUACAUAGCUAAGAAUUAAGUCCAAUUGAAUAUAUUUUAAUAAAUAAUACUGUAAUAAACAAAUCAGAUACUAUAAUUACUAAAUUAAAAAGGAACACACAUUAUAAUAUUUCUUAAUAGUUAAUACACCAUAGUUUUACAAAUACAUUUUUUAUUGUAUUCAAACACAAUUUUUACAAAAGCCGCUAAAUAGUAUUUUAAAUUUUUUUACAAGAACUAAAUAUUGCUCAUGCAAGUGUGUCAUGCAAUUUGAUCGUGUGUCCGAAACAUUAAAUGGGAAUCAGUUUUAAAUUCGAAUAAGGAACUGCGGUGGUUAUGUCUGCUGUUAACUAUUUAUAUAAAGUGAUUUGGGAUAAUUGACAGUAGUUUAAAAAAAGUUUGAAAAUGUGGGUAUUUGAAAAAAGAGCGUGUAUGCCGAGCACACUUGUCAGAAGUGAAACUUUGGUAAGAUUUAAAGAUACCAAAAUCGUCGCAUUCAUGACGUGACGGACUGCCAACUUGCAUGUUACGAAAAGUACCCUAUAUGUUUAUCCAGGGCAUAGCUUACUAGCAUUUAGAAUUUCACUUAUAUCGGUUCAGUAAUUCUUGCGUGAAAGAGCAACAAACAUACAAACUCGGAAUAUACGAUUCGCUAUACGCAAUUGUCCCAAAUCACUAUAAUAUUAGGAAUAAUAAAAAAAUUACAAAUUUUUAUAAACUCAUUUGAUUUUAUGGCGUAAAAUUAAAAUGAUGUUCCCUUCCCUUAGUUUAUUAAUUUAUGUAUAAAUUUAACGGGUUUUCAACGUGAUUUUUAUCCGGACACUACAGUGUGAGCCCACACUGAGAGCUCAUAGAUGUCAUGUGGAUUUAAAAUCAGUUUAAACCCGUUAAAAUAUGGUUUUAUUGUAUGUAUAAAUUGACGAUUAAGUAUAUUUGGCUAAAAUUUUUAAUAAAUACCUUACAUUUUUUAAAAUUUGAUUCAAUUUUAUAACUUUUAUAACGAGAAUUUCCUAAUAAUGUGCAAUUCUUAAAAAUAAACACGAAAUAAAUAAAUUCUUCCCUAUUAAUCAUGUUAUUUAGUUUCUUCAAAAUACAAAUAUAACGCCAUCUCAAGUAAUUCAGAACGAAAGAAAGAGACGAAUAUAUUUCUAUAUAUGAGUUUUUAAAAUAAUUUAAAAUGUGUUUUCCUUUUGCAAAUUUCAUGUUAAAUUGAACUCACGGUCGAAUGUCAUAAGGUUGAAAUUUCAUUUUUCUAUAAGUGGGUAUGGUUUUAUUUAUUAUCUAUAAUAUUAUACCGUUAAAUAUAUUAUGACAUAAUUUUUAAUUGCAACACUAUAAUAUAUAUGCAAAAAUGGCUGGACUUAUUUUGAUGAAAUUUUGUGUAUAGAUAGAUAAUAAGUUAGUUUAAAACAUAAGUUAAUUUAUGCGAAUCAUCCUAUUAUUUAUUACGUGUCUAUCUGAUAACAAAAUUUCAUCAAAAACUGUUCAGACAUUUCAUAGCCAAGAAGUAACAAAUAGACAAUAUAAUAAUACUUAUUUCAAAAUUAUCAUGCUCACAUCUCAUGUUGAAAUAGUAAUUCAUUGGUAUUUUGUAGUAAAGUUUAUUUUACAA